AUGGAGCGCGGAGCGAGCCGGUGUCAGCUUGAACGGCAUAACGGCGCAUGCGCGCUCGAGCGGCCCUUGGCCCAGGCGGCAGAGUGGAAGAUGGCGGCGGUGGUACAGAAUGUGGUGAAGCUCCUUGGUGAACAGUAUUACAAGGAUGCCAUGGAGCAGUGCCACAACUACAAUGCCCGACUGUGUGCCGAGAGGAGUGUUCGGCUGCCGUUCUUGGAUUCGCAGACCGGGGUGGCACAGAGCAACUGUUACAUCUGGAUGGAGAAGCGACACAGGGGGCCAGGUUUGGCAUCUGGACAGCUGUAUUCCUACCCUGCUCGCCGCUGGAGGAAAAAACGCCGUGCACACCCUCCUGAGGAUCCCAGACUCUCCUUUCCUUCCAUUAAACCAGACACUGAACAGACCUUAAAGAAAGAUGGUCUGAUCUCUCAGGAUGGUAGCAGCCUGGAGGCCCUCCUGAGGACAGACCCUCUUGAGAAACGCAGCCUGCCUGACCCUCGAACUGAUGAAGACAGCCUUGGCGAGUUCCCCGUUGCCAACAGCCGUGCUCGUAAGCGCAUCCUAGAACCAGAUGAUUUCUUGGAUGAUCUGGAUGACGAAGACUAUGAAGAAGACACGCCGAAACGCAGAGGCAAAGGCAAGGCAAAGGGCAAAGGAGUUGGGGGUGCCCGGAAAAAACUCGAUGCCGCCGUUUUGGAAGACAGAGACAAACCUUAUGCCUGUGACAAUAGUUACAAACAAAAGCAUACCUCGAAACCUCCUGACCGAGUCUGCGGGAAGCGUUACAAGAACCGGCCUGGACUGAGCUAUCACUACGCACACUCCCACCUGGCUGAGGAGGAAGGGGAGGACAAGGAAGACUCGCAGCCUCCCACGCCUGUCUCCCAGAGACCGGAGGAGCAAAAAACAGCCAAGAAGGGCCCCGAUGGUUUGGCCUUGCCCAACAAUUACUGUGAUUUCUGCCUGGGAGACUCCAAGAUCAAUAAGAAGACAGGACAGCCGGAGGAGCUGGUUUCAUGCUCUGACUGUGGGCGCUCAGGCCAUCCAUCCUGCUUGCAGUUCACUCCGGUCAUGAUGGCGGCAGUGAAGACCUACCGCUGGCAGUGCAUCGAAUGCAAAUGUUGCAACAUCUGUGGGACCUCGGAGAAUGAUGACCAGCUGCUGUUCUGUGACGAUUGUGACCGUGGCUAUCACAUGUACUGCCUAACUCCGCCCAUGUCAGAGCCUCCUGAAGGGAGCUGGAGCUGUCAUCUGUGUCUGGACUUGCUGAAGGAAAAGGCCUCCAUCUAUCAGAACCAAAACUCUUCCUGAUGGGUGUCGGGACGGCAGAGAAGAAAGGAGGCUCCGAAGAGGAACCUUUGGUUGUUCACUGCAUUACAGGGGCUCUUUUUCCUUUCGUGGUUUACUCUUUCUUCUGC